GAGAAAGCGAGAAUGCAAAAGCUAACGAGCGCGUUAGCCAGUUUUGUUCUCCUGUUUGAGAUUAAUCCCGUUAAAUUAUGGCCACAAUGUCCGGUGGAACAAACCUCGGCAUGCACGGGACAAACCAAGCCAGCUCCGGGACAUCCGCACACCGUAAAAAAUACAGCAGUCCGUCCGCCAGGUUCUGGGAGAGUCCGGAUACUUUAGCCCAACUGGAGGUGGUGCGACAGUGGAUCGGGAAGCACUACAAAAAGUAUGUGCUGGUGGAUCCUCCAUCGUGUCAGGCUCUGGCUGGAAUGACUCUGCAGCUUCUCCAGUUCCAAGAGGAUGCCUUUGGCAGACAAGCCACCGGUCCUGCUCUCACCAAACUGCCUACACAAUGCUUCCUGGACCUGCGGCCAGGGGGUGGACUCUGCCAUAUUCUUGGCACUGCCUAUAAGUUUAAGGCUGAGCAAGGCUGGCGUAGGUUUGACUUGCAGAAUCCGUCAAGAACUGAAAGAAAUGUUGAGAUGUUUGGUGCUAUUGAAAGAGUCCUGACUCAGAGCAACUGUAUGGCGCUGCCUGUGGUAUAUGUGGACCCGACACUGGGUCCGGAGCUGGCUAGCAGACUUAAGGAUAUUAUCUCCAAACACAAGGGGACUCUCACUGAGGACCGAACGCUCGCCAGUCACCACCUCUACUCCUCGCCAGCUUCUGCAGAAGAAGGUGGUUGGAUGCGUCCUGUCAUGCGGAAAGACAAACAUGUCUUGGUACACUGGGGCAUGCACCCUGACAGUUAUGACAGUUGGUUGUCCUCGAGUGACGUGGAAGGACAGGUUGAAGAGCCACCGCAUUCAGAAAAGCCGUGGCGGGUCCAUGCUAGCUGGGUUCUGGACACAGAUGUUUUCAACGAGUGGAUGAACGAAGAAGACUAUUGUGUGGACGAGAGGAAUGUGCCGAUCAUUUACCGCAAGCGCAUACACCUCAGAGACGACCAGGACUCCAAAGUCACCCCCUCCAAAAAGAGAAGACGCUCCCCCUCUCCUCACUCCGAAGGCAGAAAGAAAGGAAAGAAGGGGCGGAGGCGCGGACAUCAGGAGGAAGAGCCAGAAGAGGACUUGACCAAAGACAUGGAGGACCCCACCCCUGUUCCUAACAUGGAGGAGGUUGUUCUACCCAAGAAUGUCAACCUGAAGAAGGACAGUGAGAAUACUCCGGUCAAAGGAGGGACUAUGGCUGACCUGGAUGAGCUGGAGGAGGAUUUCACAGGAAGGGAUGAUGAGGAGAUGGCUCGCCUGUCAGAAGGAGACGACAACAUCCCAGAACAAACCCAUCAUAUUAUAAUACCAAGUUACACGUCUUGGUUCAAUAACAACAGCAUUCAUGCAAUAGAGAAACGCGCAUUGCCUGAAUUCUUUAAUGGAAUGAAUAAAUCCAAAUCGCCAGAAAUCUACCUGGCGUACCGUAACUUCAUGAUCGACACGUACCGGCUCAACCCCCAGGAAUACCUCAGCUCAACAUCCUGCAGACGCAACCUCACCGGGGACGUCUGUGCUGUAAUCAGGGUUCAUGCAUUUUUGGAGCAGUGGGGUUUGAUUAACUACCAGGUGGAUGCAGAAAGCAGGCCCCUCCCCAUGGGACCCCCGCCCACCCCUCAUUUCAACGUGCUAGCUGACACGCCGUCCGGGCUCGCCCCCCUACAACACAAACCCCUGCAGGUGUCAGCCUCGCAGCACAUGUUGUUUUUCCCAGAAAGGAGCAAAGAGAAGCCUCCAGACUGCCAGAACUUUGGUCUGCGCGCCGACAUCUACACCAAGAAACACCCUAAGACUAAAGGUACAAGUGCAGGAAGGGAAUGGACGGAGCAAGAGACGCUCCUGCUAUUAGAGGCCUUAGAGGUCUACAGAGACGACUGGAACAAAGUAUCCGAGCAGGUGGGCUCCAGAACGCAGGACGAGUGCAUCCUCCACUUCCUUCGCCUGCCAAUAGAAGACCCGUAUCUAGAAGACUCCUCGGCCUCCCUUGGCCCACUGGCGUUCCAGCCUGUGCCUUUCAUCCAAUCGGAAAACCCCGUCAUGAGCACUGUGGCGUUCCUAGCGUCCGUGGUGGACCCACGAGUGGCUUCAUCCGCAGCUAAGGCCGCACUCGAGGAGUUCUCCAGAGUGCAUCAAGAGUCAGUGAAUAAAGUCCCUGACUCGUCCAACCAGCCCAACAAAAUGGAGUCAAUGGAUACAGAGAUAAUUGAAACAAACUCCACCUCCCAUCAGGUUCCUUUAAGGGCAGAUGGGCUCACGGUGGAACCCAGUUUGACCAAUGUAGAGGGAGUCCUGGUCAAGAGAGAAAAUGCCGAAAACAUACUUUCAGAGGAGAGAGAUGUAAGGACAGAUGACGACGAGAGCCUCGAGCGGGGAGAAGUGGAUGAGGCGAGAGUGAUGGAGCAGGAUCUGGUGGAGGGCAGAGUCGUCACGGCAGCAGCAGCUGCUCUGGCCUCAGCUGCCACAAAGGCCAAGCACUUGGCAGCAGUAGAGGAGAGGAAGGUCAAGUCCCUGGUGGCUCUGCUGGUGGAGACCCAGAUGAAGAAGCUGGAGAUUAAACUGAGGCACUUUGAGGAGCUGGAGACCAUCAUGGACCGCGAGAAAGAGGCUCUGGAGCAGCAGCGGCAGCAGCUCCUCACAGAGAGACAGACGUUCCACACUGAGCAGCUGAAACAGGCCGAGAUGAAGAUUCGCCAGCAGAGGGAGCAGCAGGGGCAGCCGGGAUUCACUAUGCAGCACUCGGCAUUGCCUCCUCCUGCGGGCCAGCCGGCGCCCAACCGAAUGAUGCCGGGUGGAGGAAACGCCCAGGCGAUGGCCCCCCGACACCCCGGGGCGCCCAAUGGCAUGUACCCGUCCUCGCAGCCCGAUGGGACGGCACCAGCUCAGCCGGGUCCUCCGGCGUCCACUCACAGCUGAACUGACCCGAAAACCAGAUCAACACACACACACACGCACACACCGGUCUAACUUCAACUAAUAAAACACAUGUUCAACGUUGUGAUAGAGAUGAUCAUGAACAACUGUUGGGGAUUUGAACUUUGUAACUCUUCCGUACUAGUCAAAUGUUUAUAGACACACAAGCACAUAGACGCAGUUAACGUGUAUCUGGUUAACGGGUAGGUCCGUCUUAUAUCUGUGAAAUAUUUGUGCUCCGAUGUCAGAGUUGAGAAAUAUCAAGAUUGAACUCUGCUCAUUAAAUUGGUUUUACAUGAAA